GCCCCUCUGGCCCUCAACCCACCACAGCAUCACAAAGACAGUCAGUCCAUCACACUGGUAAAGCUCUGCUUAGCUCGGAGCUUCAGUGCUUUGUUCAGUCCAGCUCGAUCGGCAGUCACAACCACAGCACCCUAGCUGCACCAAUGGCCACCGCCGAGGUCCAGGUCCCGACUGCCGUGCCCGUCGAGGAGGCUCCGGUGGUAGUGGAGGAGGCUGUCCAGCCGGCCGCCGUUGAGGAAACACCCAAGGAGGAGGCCUCUGCUCCGGUUGUCGAAGAGAGCCCGGCCGCCGACGAGCCAGCUCCGGCGGCGGAGACCGAGGUCGCUAAGGAGCCGGAGGCGGAAGCUGUUCCUGCCGAGACUGAGACCAAGGAGGUCGAGGUCGAGGCCGUGGCUGAGCCGGCCGAGGCAGAGACAGAGACCAAGGAAGCAGAGGCGGCCGAGGCCGCGCCGGCAGCAGAGACGGAGGAGGUCAAGGAAGCAGAGCCCGUGGAGGCUGCUGCCGCCGUCGAGGCUGUCCCGGCCGAGACUGAGGCUGAGCCGGCGGAGGUAGCGGCCGAGCCCGAGGCAGCAGCGCCGGCAGAGACCGAGACCAAGGAAGCGGAGGCAGAGGCUGCGGCGGCUCCGGUUGAGGCCGAGGUGGCCGUGCCCGUGCCGGCUGAGGAGGCCAAGGAGGAGGAGGAGGAGGCAGUAGCGCCGGCUGCUGCCGCUGUCACAGAAGCCGCGCCGCCGGCCGCGCAGGAGGAAGCACCGGCCGCCGCGGCGACCGAGGAGACGGCGCCGGCAGAAGCGGCCCCUGCUCCCGAGGCGGCCGCCGCCGACAAGUCCGACGAGUGAGUCCAGUGGCGGACGAUCUAGCUGUGUCAGCCUGUCAUAUGUCGCCGCGCUGGUGCGCAGCACGGCAUGGCGGCGGCAUAUAGGUCAGCUGCUUUUUCGUGGACUCGUCGUCGCGGUUCGGCGGGUUCAUGUUGUGUCGUACUUAGCUACGUGGCGCGGUGGGACCCUCUAGUACCUGUUGUGUUGUGUCGUGACGAAUAAUGUAUCAGUGUGUUAUUACUUGUGUGUCGGGUUAAUGGGCCCAGUGUCGGUGCUGAUGUGGCCUGGCUUUACAGCACAUCGGUGGGGCCGGGGCUCUAUGUCGUUUAAAUAUGUUGGUUAAUACGUGUACCGUACCAUCUAGUAUGUGUUUUUCUUUUCGAAAACAUCUAGUAUGCAUGUGUGUGUUGAGCGUGUAGUAUAUCUGUGUACCAUCUUUUGAAGAUCUCUCUUUAUUUUUCCAAAUCAAGCUGUUGUUGAA